AUGUCCGGCGCAGCCACAAGUGUCGCAGCGAACCACUUCCGCGGCGCGCUGUCGCGCUGGCCGAAAGCCGUCCUGCGGCCCGAGUUACAGCUGCGCGACGUGCUCGCCCGGCGGCUGGAGCAGGGCCGCCCCCUGGCGCCGGCCACCGCCCGCCGGGGCGCAGCGGCGACGCAGGAGCAGGCCGAUCUCCGGCAGGCCAACGCGCUGUGCUCGCUGCUGGAGAACCGGUACCAGAACAAGUACCGCGCUCCGCCGAGCAUCUUCGAGCCCAAGAGCAACCCGACGUACUACAAGGAUCUGCUGAAGGAGCUGGAGGAGGCGCCGCAUCGAUCGUGGUUGGGGAGGAUAGCCAAGAGGCUCGGCGGCAUGAUUCGGUUUUCCUGA